AUGCUGCUCUUUGCUUGGUUUUUAGUUCUCGCUGGCAGCGUCCUCGCUGGUGGUGGGUCGUCCAGUAGUCGUGGAGGCGGCGGCGCCAGCGCAAUGCGCGCGUACACGAAUCUGCACCGCUCACUGCUCGAGCCUAUUGGCUUGUACAACGCUCGUCCGCAGAUUGUUGCGCCCGUAAGUCCGCCCUUCCGGGGUCGUAACAAGGUCGCCGACAUGCAGAACUACCUGCGCAACCUCUACAACCACGAUGCUUACAUCGACCCGGAAUCCGGCGCCGGUCUGGAACGUCUGCGCGGCAACAUGAUGUGGAUCCUUAACCAUCCCAACGACCCUCGCAUCAGAGAUUACCAGCGUGGUCUUGUUUCGGUGAUGGAGGAGGCUAGCGGACACGCCAGACAGGAGAUGCAGAAUGCCCUGCAUCCUGUCAACGUCCGCGCGCAGCAUGCCGUGCCCAUCCGUGCGCUCGGGACCAAGGUCGGCAGUGUCACCAGCGUGAUCCAGGCUGGUUCGAACUCGAACCAGCUGACGAGCCACCUCGGACAGGCCGACCAGGACCGAUUCGCCAACGCAUUCGAAGUGCUGUUCUCCGAGAAACAGCUGCUCAGUGCCGCAGAGCGUCACGCUACGAGCAUCCCCCGUCUCUAG